CUAAAUCCCAAUGCCAAACCCUAAAACAAAAAAUCGUAAAUCUUGUUCGCGUCCUUCCGCCACAGCUCGGAAGUAGGAUUCGAUUCCAAACUCUUAUCUUCAGCCUCUAAUCUUGCUCUUUUGCUCUUAUUGCUGCGUGGCUUCUCGCCGAGGAAACUCCGCUCUUGCAGCCGCAACACUGCCGCCAAUCGCCAUGGCUAGCCGAGGAGUCGGCGGCAGCAGAGACCGAUAUCGCAGGGAUUUUGGGUCUUCUCGCUACGAAGACAGUACUAGUAGUAAUAGUAGUAGUAAGCGAAGCAAUAAUCCGCCUUCGAGGCACCUAUGGGUGGGGAAUUUGUCGCACAGUUUAGUGGAAAAUGAAUUGACCGAUCACUUUUUGCAUUUCGGGGAGUUGGAUACCGUAGCUUUCCAGCCAGGUCGGAGCUAUGCAUUUAUUAAUUUUAAGAGGGAAGAUGAUGCGAUUGCGGCCAUGAAGGACCUUCAGGGUUUUCCACUCGCUGGCAAUCCGCUUAGAAUUGAGUUUGCUAAGGCGGAGAAGUCAUCAGCACCAUCACGUGAUGAAGAUUACUUGCAACGGCGAGAUGAACAGCGUUCUGCAUUAAAAGGAGCCCCUUUCUCUCAAAGGGACUCUAGAUUGAGAAAUUCUAGUCCUGAUCCUUAUUAUGUUGACAAAUCCAAGAUAAAUGAUAAAAGUGCAGAACCUAGUGAAGUGUUAUGGAUUGGUUUUCCAGCCUUAUUGAAGGUAGAUGAAAUGAUCUUAAGAAAGGCUUUUUCACCAUUUGGUGAGAUUGAAAAGAUCACUGUAUUUCCUGGUCGUAGUUAUGCUUUUGUUCGGUUUAGGAGCUUAACGGCAGCAUGCAGGGCAAAAGAAACCCUUCAGGGAAAAUUAUUUGGGAAUCCUCGUGUACAUAUUUGUUUUGCCAAGAGUGAAUCUGGCUCAUCGAGUAGUGGGAGGACACAUCUCUCUCCACAUUAUAGGUCAAAUGGUCACUCAGGAACUUCUGAGAACUUUCGGCAGGAUAGGAAUUUUGGAAGCUUAAUGUCAGAUCCCAGCAUUAGAUCUCCUCGUUUUAUGUCAAACUUGGAUCCAGACUCUGAUGUCCAUGGCUUUAACAGGAAGGGCAUGUUGCAUCCUGGUGGAAGCAACACAUUUGAUAAUUGGAGGUUUGGGGAAGAACUAGGACCACCACCAGAUGUGUAUGAACGGCGUGGCAGUCCUGCAAGAGAAAGGGGCCCUCACUUUGAUGAAUUACCCCAUAAAUUUCCUCCGAAGGCUUCAUUUUAUGAAGAACCAUGGGACUUGCCAGAAGAUUCCUAUGUGUUCCAUGGAGCCAAAAAAUUGAAGACAGGCUCCUUUCCUCCUGAUAAAGAGCUUCCAGAAUAUCCUUUCUCUGAACUAGAAGAGGAGAAACGAGCUUUUCCAAGACCAUUAUCUGAUUUUCCCCAACCUGAGUUCCUUGAUAAGAACUAUGGAUAUAAACCAAACUCUGACCACCUAAGCACUUUAUCUCUUCCCCUUGGGGAACGGAGUGAUCGCUGGAAAGCUUCUUAUGACAAUGUCCAGAUUGGCUCUGGUUCUAUGCCUUCAAAUCCUGUUGAGAGGAAAAGAAUCACUCCUGAGCCAGAACAGUCCUCGUUGAAUCUAUGGAAAUGGGAAGGAACUAUAGCAAAGGGAGGAACUCCUGUUUGUCAUGCUCGCGGCUUUCCUGUAGGAAAAUCCUUGGACAUCAUGUUACCUGAAUUUCUGGAUUGCACUGCGAGGACUGGUCUAGACAUGCUUGCGAAGCACUACUAUCAAGCAGCUUCUGCUUGGGUGGUCUUUUUUGCCCCUGCUAGUGAUGCUGACAUCGGGUACUAUAAUGAAUUCAUGCAUUAUCUUGAGGAGAAGCAGCGAGCUGCAGUUGCUAAAUUAGAUGAUAAGACUACCUUGUUUCUUGUACCCCCAUCUGAUUUUGCAGAGAAAGUACUGAGAGUACCGGGGAAACUAUGUAUUUCUGGUGUUGUUUUGAGAUUAGAACUUCCCGGAUCAAAUUUUGGGUCUCUUAACUAUUCGAAUGAGAAAAGGGAACUAUUGUCUUUUCAUGGGGAUGCACAGUACACAAAGCCAUCCACACCUUCAGGUCAUUUUCGUCCAAUGGGAUCUUUUCCAGAUUUGGCCAGGUCGGGAGGUGAUCCGUCCUUUUUAAGGGAUGUGUCUACAUCAGGUCCACCUGCAGCAUUUUCAGGUUCAGCCCAUGCUGCCGGAAGGAUGUCUGAUUCUUACAAUGAGAGUAGGCAUGAUUACCAACUUCAACAGCGGAACCCCAUGCCUGGACCCAACUGGUCUCCUCACCAUCGGCAGAACUCUUUUCCUGGUAACAGAAAUACACCUUCACAAGCAUCCAAUGCUGCAAUUGAUACAGCCCAGGAGCAUCACUCAGUUAUUCCAAGGGCUGUGCAAGAGGAUGACGUGGCUCUUCAUGCAGCUGGCAUGUCAAGUAAUCCGUUAUCUGGAACCGGCAAGCCAUCCCUUAUGGAGAAUAAAUCCUCGGUUCCUCUGUCUCUGCCUACUGCUGCCUUGCAACCACAACAACUUGCACAAUUGGCUUCAUCUCUUCUUGGGCAGAGACAACCAGGGAGCAAUGCAAAUGUAUCCGUGGGAGAAGAUAUUAGGCAUGGGAACACAAUGAAUCAACUGGAGAACCAGUUUAGAACAGCACAAACGCAUGGUUUACAGAAUAAUCGAGUAGCUUCAGAGAUUCCAACAUCGCAGUUUGGUCAACAACAACAGUUGCAGCAGCAACAGCAGCAUCAUCUUCAGGCAUCAAAUGUGCCCAAAGCAGUACCAGCCUCACUUCAAAGGGACGUUCAGCCGGGGACUUCAGCAAAUCCUCAGAUACCAAGUACUAGUACGCAAGAAGCCGAAGAUGGGGAUCCACAAAAACGACUGCAAGCAACAUUACAGCUGGCAGCAGCUCUUCUUCAACAGAUUCAACAGGGAAAAGGAACUUGACUGGUGCUCGCCCAGUUAUCAGAUACAUUGGUUUCAUCCGUAUCCAUUCCCAUGUGGAUGAAGUGGACCAAAAUGGUUUGUCUUCAGAGAAUGGCAAAAAUACCCUUGCAAGUAGUGCUAUGCAUCAUUACAUUAGUAGAGGUUCGCUGAUGGCAAAUUUGCUGUGCCUGAGGUAGUAUCACUUGGUGUGCUACUUGUUUACUUUCUUUUUACUUGAUUUAGUAAGGUGGGAACUAGUCAAUCUGUCACUUUGUUGAAUACCAGAAAAUUUAAGCUAUUUUGGCUCCUUGGCUGCACCAACUCGUGCUAUCAGAUGAUUUCCUAGGAUUUUUGAGUCAAUACUAGUCCUGUGGUCUCAAAGAUUUUUACUCGUUCUAUGUUUUUAGGAUUUCAAGUAACCUACUACCAAGCUUUUCUAAAAGUAUGUUGUUGGUUCUA